AUGGAUACCAUUUCUGAGCAAUGUCCCAAGAAAUCAAAAGAUGUGAAGGAAACAACCGCAAAAUCCAACAUAUCUUUGAAAGAUGUUUUAGCUGAUAUAAAAACGUUUCGGAAAGAAAUAACCCAAACACUAGAUGAACUAGAAAGACAAGCUGAAGAUGCAAAUAAAGCAAUAUUAACCCUACUUGACAAGGAGAGGUCACUGGGUACAUUCACAGAAAAAUCAUCAAAACAACCAAGUCCUCCUCCACCUAUUGAUAUAACUUUACAACAGGGUACUAGUACAUUCUGUGAACAGACAUCAAAAGACAAUGUCAGAUGCGGAAAAACAGGAAUGGCUCUCCUUACUCCUCAGCAGUUUGAGUGUACAGAGACACCGGUUAAACAGCUCAAAGCCAAAGCCAAAGACGGGCGCCCGAAGCCAAGACCGACACCUAAAAUGAGUCUACCACAGUGUAAAUGUCUAUAUGCUUACGAUAAUCAGAAUACAGAUGAGCUAAGUUUUUACAAGGGGGAUAUUAUAGAAAUAAUCACAGAAGACCCAGCUGGAUGGUGGUAUUGUAGAUUACGAGGGAAGGAGGGACUGUUUCCUGCCAACUGUGUUGAGAAAAUACUCAAGUUAACAAUCCACCGUAUAUUCAGUGCAACAUUACCAUCAUCAAACGAGCUGCUAGCAGAGAAACUCAAAUUCAACGUAAACAUUUAUUACUAG